CGUCCUCCUCCUCCUCCUGCUGGAUGGAUGGAGGGAUGCUAACCGGAGACCUUCAUCAUCAUCAUCUUCAUCAGCACCGGGAGCGGAGGGAGAGAGCAGCGGCAGCAGCGGCGUCUCUCCGCGGGCUAAAAAGUUGAGGAGGAUCCGGUUUAAUAACGGAGCACCGGAGGGGCCCGUGCCCGCCGUUAACCCGGGAUAAUCCGCCUGACACGGUUUGCUUCUACUUUGGACUCCGUGGAAACGGAUCCGGUGUUUUCUGGAGGGAUUAAUUGUGUAUUUAACGGAUCACUGACGGCGCUUUCAAGGAUCUCUCUAACGGUCCCCGGUGCUGAAACUGAGCUCCGGUGUGUGUGAGCGGAGGGGCCCCCGGUUGGCAUUUGUCUCCUCACCGGAUUCCCGCUGUUUAAACUGUUGUGACGUUAAAAACGAGCCCAGGAGUGUGUUGUAACGGAUUCCCGGUGGGUUAACGGAUCAAUAACGGAUUUUAACUCCAUCACGGAUUUCUUUGUGUUUGACAUCUGAGGUGUUUUAACGGAGCUCUGGCGUUAGUGUAACGGAUCCCCGGACAGUCCCGGCUGGACCGCUGACCGACGGUAACCCCGGCCCCCUCCCCCGGUGAUAAUAAAGCAGGUGGAGUUAACGGAGGGAGAUAACGGGGCUGAAAGAAGUCUCUCUCUCACCGGGCUCCCCUGAACCCAAGGGACCGAGCGCCGGUAGAGACGGACCCGGGGCUCACCGCCUCCCACCGGGGACCGGAGAGGAGAAGUUACCGGAGCAGCAGAGGAGUUGAUCGGGAUGUUUACCGGCUGCAUCCGACGUCCUCGAGGACCGUUAACGACCGGAUAAGGCUCAUCAUUACCACCACACCGAUCUCAUUAACGGAAUGCAUUGAUUGGUGGAUUCUGUUACCGGAUAAAAGCCGCCUCUUUCUCCCGUUUCUGCUGCGUCCGAUUGGAAUCCACCGGAUCGAUACAUUCCCGGGGAUCAAUCAUCCCGAAUCCAUUCUUCAUCCAUCAGCACUCACGAGUUGUGGAGCAGGAUCGUUUAGACCCGGCGGAGGAGCCGAGUGAAUCAUCUCCUGCACGCUGAAAUAAAGCCACAUGCCGGCCGUAAAUUAUCCACUUAACCCCCUCCAGAGAGACACAGGCAGGGAGACAUAGAGCCGGGCUGCAGGGAGACAGACCCGGGCUGCAGGGAGACAGACCCGGGCUGCAGGGAGACAGGCGGAGACAUAGACCCGGACUGCAGGGAGACAGGCAGAGACAUAGACCCGGGCUGCAGGGAGACAGACCCGGGCUGCAGGGAGACAGACCCGGACUGCAGGGAGACAGGCAGAGACAUAGACCCGGACUGCAGGGAGACAGGCAGAGACAUAGACCCGGGCUGCAAAGAGACAGUUAUUGCACAAAUAUUUCUGCAGAUAAAGAAACAAAAAGCUCAUUUCAGCCUCAAACUGAGCGAAAAUCUCAAAUUUCAACUCUUCAAAAAUCAAAUUUAACAAAAUUCUUAAAAGCACAUUUGGAAAAUUCUUCAUUUUAUCACAAAAUAUGGACAAAAAAAAUAAAAAAAUGUGGUGAAUUUUUUCACUGAAGUAACUAAAACUUUCAAUUUCUUGACAUUUAUUAAUACAGAAACACAAACUCCCGGCUCAUGAGUUGCUGAUCUGGGUUCGAGCCUCUGCUCUUAAUAAUCGUGGAGAUCCUCGCAGUUCAUCCGUGCCUCCUAACACUGACCUUAAUGUUCUGCGAGGCACUUUGAUCUCCCUCUGUGUCAUCAUAGUAAUCCCAUAAUAGUCUGCUCGGGGUUUAUUUAUGCUUUAUUGCAGGUCUGGAGGAGCUUUAACUCAGAAGAAAUUAACUUUAUAACAACCCGGAGAAAAUAACCUGCUGCUUUAAACCUCCUCUGUUGGUUUUUGGUUGCUGGGAUGCGUUCGGAUCAAGAGGCUGUUUGUGAAGCUCAAAAUGAGGAUUUCCAUCAUCUGAGAGCGAUUUUAAUAAAUCUGUGACUUCAGGUUGUUUGUGAGCGAACAGGAUCUGAGCGAGGCUUUGUUCACCGCCGUCUGUGCUGCUUUGGAGUUGAGCUUACCCAGCUGAUUCCCAGUGAAAGCCUAUGGAUGGUACGCUCACUGUAUAGCCACAUCCUCAACAGCAUACCUCCUCCUCCUCCUCCUCCUCCUCCUCCUCCUCCUCCUCCUCCUCAGCCGCCUCGAGAACUUGUAAUCGAGCCAUGCAGCAUUGAUUUUUUUUCUUUCCCCUUCACCGCAAAACCAAAACGCACACGACCAUCUCAUCCCUUUCUGGUUUGUCAGUUUUGUUUGUCUGAAAUGUAAGACGUGCCGCGGUGUUGAUUUUCCACCUCGAGCCUGAGCUGAAGGACGUUCAUAACGGUCCAGCGGCGCCGGGGUCAGAGGUCAGGCUCUCAGAAAUAUAACUGCAGGAGUUUGAGCUGCAGAGACGGGCGGUCUGAUGGACUGAAGACUUUCUGACUCGUCUGAGCUGAGCAUAGAUGAGAGUUUUCCUGCAGCGUGAGGACGUUUCUUUGCCGUUAGAGUGACACUUUCAGAUCAAUGGGACUAAACGACAGCAGCCCGGGCGCCAUGCGGAAUGGCCGCGGCCUCUCGGACCAGUGGGCAGAGUCAGUGGUGGUCCGGCCUCGAACCACCGAGCGCCACAUCACGGUACACAAGCGCCUGGUGCUGGGCUUCGCCCUCUCCAUCCUCACCCUCAUCAUCGUCACGGCGGUGGCUGUGGUGCUCAGCGUCCGCUUUGAGGAGUGUGGCGGACGAGAUCGGGACGGAGCAAUGGGGGAGUCGGGCUCGCGAGGCACCGGAGGGUCAUCGAAGUUGAACGGGAGCAGAGGGGAGAGGACGGGGGAGAGAGGGGACGACGAGGCGGUCCAGCCGUGGAGGAACUCGAGGCUGCCGGGGUCUCUGAGGCCGCGACACUACGACCUGCGGCUCGCCGUCUACAUGGACAACUUCACCUUCUCUGGCGAGGUCAGCAUCGAGCUGGAGUGCGUCAACGCCACCAGAUUCAUCGUCCUGCACACUGACCGCCUUGAGGUGGACCGCGUGUCCGUCACAGCAGAGGGCGGCGCCGGUGGGCGGCCCGCCAACAGGCCCGGGGGCGGAGCCAUGCGCAUCCACCGCCACUUCCCCUACCCGGCCAAUCAGAUGUACGUGGUGGUUCUGCACCGCGAGCUGAAGCCGAUGAGAGUUUACCGGCUGAACAUGAGCUUCGACGCCGCCAUCGAGGACGAGCUGCUGGGCUUCUUCAGGAGCUCGUACACCCUGCAGAGAGAGAGACGGUACCUGGCGGUGACUCAGUUCAGUCCGAUCCACGCCAGGAAGGCCUUCCCCUGCUUCGACGAGCCCGUCUACAAGGCCACGUUCACCCUCACCCUCCGCCACGACCCUCAGUACACCUCGCUCUCCAAUAUGCCCGUGGAGAGCACCUCGCUGGCGGACGAGGACGGCUGGCAGACCAACCGCUUCGCCCGCACGCCACGCAUGUCCACGUACUACCUGGCCUGGGCCGUCUGUAACUUCACCUACAAGGAGACGCAGACCGACAGCGGCGUGACGAUCCGCCUGUACGCUCGGCCGGAUGCCAUUUCUAGUGGCGCAGGGGACUAUGCUCUCCACAUCACCAAGAGGCUUCUGGGAUUUUACCAGGACUACUUUAAAGUCCAGUACUCACUGCCCAAGCUCGACUUGCUGGCGGUGCCCAAACAUCCCUACGCUGCCAUGGAGAACUGGGGGCUGAGCGUCUUUGUGGAGCAGAAGAUCCUACUGGACGCUGAGGUGUCGUCCUCGUCCUAUCAGAUGGAGCUGACCAUGGUGGUCGUCCACGAAAUCUGCCACCAGUGGUUUGGUGAUCUGGUGACUCCAGUGUGGUGGGAGGACGUCUGGUUGAAAGAAGGCUUUGCUCAUUUCUUCGAGUACGUUGGCACCGACUUCCUCUUCCCAAAGUGGAACAUGGAGAAGCAGCGCUUCCUGACUGAUGUCCUCCACGAGGUGAUGCUAUUGGAUGGCCUAAGUUCCUCCCACCCGAUCUCACAGGAAGUGGAGCAGGCAACCGACAUCGACCGAGUCUUUGACUGGAUCGCCUACAAAAAGGGGGCGGCGUUGAUCCGGAUGCUGGCGAACGUGAUGGGACAGACGCUGUUCCAGAAAGGACUCAAUGAUUACCUGCUGAGUCACAUGUACAGCAACGCAGCCAGAGACGACCUGUGGAACAAACUGUCUCAGGCCAUGCGUUCAGAGGGGCGGGACAUCAACAUUGGACAGAUGAUGGACAGGUGGACUCUGCAGAUGGGCUACCCUGUCGUAACCAUCAGCAAGAACCAAUCAGAGCAGCUCCCCACUCAUUACAUCACUGUCAGCCAGGAGCACUUCCUGUACGGACAAGAAGUCAAGAGCAACAACAGUUUACAGUGGCAGGUUCCUCUGACGGUCGCCGUGGGAAACGCUUCCAGUGUUUGCUCAGAGAGCCUCAUCUGGAUCAACAACAGGACAGAAACUCACAGGAUUGGUCAGAUGGACGACAACACAUGGUUGCUAGGCAACAUCAAUCAGACAGGCUACUUCCGUGUGAACUAUGACCUCCAGAACUGGAAACUGCUGAUUCAGCAGCUGCACAACAACGCUCAGAUCAUCUCAGUAGGAAACAGGGCAGGACUAAUUGAUGAUGCCUUCAACCUGGCCAGGGCCGGGUACCUCCCACAGGGCAUCCCCUUGCAGCUGAUUGGCUACCUCCCGGAGGAGUCGUCCUUCCUGCCAUGGCACUCCGCCAGCCGAGCGCUCUACCAGCUGGACAAACUGCUGGACCGCACGGAUGAGUACAGCCUGUUCAGUGAUUAUGUGCUGAAGCAGGUUGCAUCACGGUACCAUCAGAUGGGUUGGCCAACAAACGGCCCCGGCAGCGAGGGCAACGUGCUGCAGGCAUCCUACCAGACUGAGGAGUUGCAGCGGGAGCUCAUCAUGUUAGCGUGUAGCUUUGGGAACAAGCAGUGCCACCGUCAGGCCGUCGCCUACAUCUCUGACUGGAUCUCCAGCAACAAGAACAGGAUCCCUCCGAACAUCAGAGACAUAGUUUACUGCACCGGGGUGAGUCUGAUGGACGAGGACGUGUGGGAGUUCAUCUGGAUGAAGUUUCACUCCACCAACGCUGUCUCAGAGAAGAAGAUCCUGCUGGAGGCUCUGACCUGCUCGGACAACGCCUUCCUCCUCAACAGGUUACUGAACCUGUCCUUGACCUCUGACCUGGUCCCAGAGCAGGAUGUGAUCGACGUCAUCAUCCACGUGGGCAGAAACCCUCAGGGUCGAAACCUCGCCUGGAAGUACUUCAGAGAAAAGUGGGAUAUCCUCAACGCACGUUAUGGCGAAGCGCUGUUCAUGAAUUCGAAGCUCAUCGGUGGAGUGACAGAGUUCCUGAACACUGAGAGAGAACUCAAUGAGUUAAAGGAGUUCAUCCAGACCAGCGGUGUCGGGGCAGGGCCUGCGUUGCCGCGGGCGCUGGAGAUCGUCGAGGGCAACGUGCGCUGGCACCGCCUCCACCGACGGCAGUUCUACCAGUGGCUGCGCAAACCUCCAAGCCCCGCCCUAGGCUAAUGCUACACCAGCUAGCUAGAGUGAAGUGACUGCAAACUGACUGCUAACUCAAUGCUAACGCACUGCUAGCUAACAGAUGCAGUCAAAUAAUACUACAAAAAAAAUGACUGAGUGAAGAGAGAGACUGACCUGAGUGUUUCUCUGCUGGUUUUGUUUUUAAAGAAUUUUGUUUGCAAAUUUUUUUGUUUCAGAAAUAUAUUUCUUCAAAGCUGCACAUUAGCUAGUGAUCACUGAUUCGGUAAUCGCAAGCUAGCAGCUAGCCUCAAAACUCCUCAGUGACUAAACCACAACAAUUUCUGAGUUUAAAUAGAAGCAGAUGAUUUGAACAACAAUUUAACAAACUUUUAACAGACAAUAUGUCAUUUUCUGCUGUCUCAGUCAAAACAAUAGCAAAAGACAGAGCAAUCCCGUCACUGCAGUCAGUUUCUCCAGGUUAGGAUUCCUUCAGUGUUACUUGUUCAGGAGGUUUUUACCAGGAGCUGAAUUAUCCUCAGAAGACUCUUCCUCUCUGAAACAAACAGACACGGUGAUUCAAAACAGUAAAAACACUGAAUAAAGCAGAUUCACGUUAUAAGUCUGUGUUUCUCAGAUGCACUUUGGUUCAUCGUGGACGGGCUGUUAGCCCAGCACCUCCUAAUCUGUGCUCACAUUUUGUGUCUGAUAACGUAAGAUCCAGAUGUUCAGGAGGUUUUUACUGUGAGCUGAAAUAUCCACAGAGAUCUCUUCCUCUCUAAAACAAACAGACCAGCUGAUUUAAACCGUUAAACACACUCAAUAAAGCUGCUUCAUGUUAAA